UAAGACAAAAGACCAAAGAAUCUUUUUUCAUUAAUGCCCUCAACUACCCAUCAACCUAGUUAGACCACCCGAGCUCCUCUAUCUGUCAUUCAACUUACUACCCAUUCUUACAUAUUUUAUUUAUGUUUUCAUCCAAACACAUGAUCUAAUCAUUUCCCCUCAUUGGCUCUGUUUACUUCAUUUCUAAGGUCCCUAAUUAAUUAUCUCCCUUCCCUUCAAUCUUCAAAACCUCAUUAAUGGCUGACUCUCAACAUUCCUCUUCUGGUAAAACUUAUGUCAACUCUCAAGAAUUUAGUUCAGAGGAGGAAACAAGUGAAGAAUCAAAGCUUAAAUUCUCUGAAGAUGAGGAAACACUUAUAAUUAGGAUGUUUAAUCUGGUUGGAGAGAGGUGGGCUUUAAUUGCUGGAAGAAUCCCUGGUAGAACAGCUGAAGAAAUUGAAGAGUACUGGAAUACCAGGUAUUCAACGAGUGAAUGAGAAAAAAAAAGGACAUUUUUAAAGAAAGGGGCAAAAUUUGAGGGACUGGAUGGCAAUUAUGGGCAAGAGAGCAAUGAUGGGUAUUUGUUGUAGUCACCAAAAAAGGGUCAAGAAUAUGGUAUAAUCGGUUCAACCCGACUUAGAAAAUUGAGCAUUGUUGUUUGAUGUUUUGGGGUUUUCUCUUGUUUUGAUGAACUUUUACUAUGGGGGGGAUGUUUCCGUGGCUUUAUAUAUACUUUCAAUAGCCCAAGGAUGUUUCUUAGUUUAUUAUGUGUGUUUUUUAUCCAUUUAGUCUUCAAGUUUUAAUUUUUCAGCAUUUGGGAAUGAAAUUGUACAAAAAGCAAAAAUGCUUGAAUCAUAAA